GAGAGAGAGAGAGAGAGAGCUACAUUCCAUUUUAGACUCCACCCUCUGGAAGGUAAAACAGAUCAAACCAGUUUUCUGGUCAGUGUCACUCUGUAACUAAAGUUUGUUGGAUAUCACGCACUGUGAUAUAUACACAUGAUGUCCAAAAUGAAUCUCUCUGAGGAAGAAAACAUAGCCACAGGAAAGAGUGUGAUUCAGGGUAAGAGAUCAGACUCACCAGAACCCAGCUGUGUGUCAAUGAAGAGUGACCAGUCUAUGGACACUCCAAAAAAAUUUAAAGACCAUUCUACUUAUCGAAGUGUGAUUCAGGGUAAGAGAUCAGCCUCACCAGAACCCAGCUGUGUGUCCAUGAAGAGUGACCAGUCUAUGGAACCUCCAAAAAGAUUUAAAGAGCAAGACCAUUCUACUGACCUCAGAAUCCAAAAGGAAAAAUCCAAAACUGUCAGUGGAACAGAACAAAAUUAUCAGCUGCACAUGAAUGAUAACAAAGCACAGAAUGAGCUGGAUCUGGUCUCUGAGUAUCAGAGAAAACUCAAAUCCACCCUGAGAGAGAAGUUUAAAAGAAUUAAUGAAGGAAUCUCACGGCAUGGAAGUUCAGCACUUCUGAAUGAGAUCUACACAGAUCUCUACAUCACAGAGGGUUGGAGUGGAGACGUCAAUAAUGAACAUGAGGUGAGGGAGAUUGAGACAGCGUCCAGGAGACCAGCAACACAGGAGAAACCAAUCAAAUGUAAUGAUCUCUUUAAAGACGAGUCCAUCAGAAGUGUUCUGACUAAAGGAGUUGCUGGAAUUGGAAAAACAGUCUCUGUGCAGAAGUUCAUUCUGGACUGGACUGAAGGAAAAGCAAAUCAGGACGUCAGCUUCAUGUUUCCACUUCCCUUUAGAGAGCUGAAUCUGAUGAAGCAGAAGAAUCUCAGUCUGAUGGAUCUUCUUCAUCACUUUUUACCAGAAAUUAGAAAAAAAAUAGAAUUAAUAGACUGUGACUCCUACAAAGUGCUGUUGAUCUUUGAUGGUCUGGAUGAGUGUCGACUUCCUCUAAAUUUCCAGAAGAAUGAGAGUUUGUGUGAUGUGACAGAGUCGGCCUCAGUGGAUGUGCUGCUGACGAACCUCAUCAAGGGGAAUCUGCUUCCCUCUGCUCUCCUCUGGAUAACCUCUCGACCAGCAGCAGCCAAUCAGAUCCCUCCUGAGUGUGUAGACCAGGUAACAGAGGUACGAGGGUUCAGUGAUCCUCAGAAAGAGGAGUACUUCAGGAAGAGGAUCCGUGAUCAGGGCCUGGCCGAUAAAAUCAUCUCACACAUGAAGUCUUCAAGAAGCCUCCACAUCAUGUGCCACAUCCCAGUCUUCUGCUGGAUCUUAGCCACUGUUUUAGAGAGAAUGUUGGGUGAAGCAGAGAGUGGAGAGAUCCCCAAGACUCUGACUCAAAUGUUCACACACUUCCUGAUCUUUCAGAUCAAACACAAGGACCAAAAGUACCAUCAGAAAUGUGGCCCUGAUCCUCAGCAGACCAGAGAGAGUAUCCUGGCACUGGGAAAACUGGCUUUCCAACAGCUGGAGAAAGGAAACCUGAUCUUCUAUGAGGAAGACCUGAGAGAGUGUGGCAUUGAUGUGAGAGAAGUGUCAGUGUACUCAGGAGUGUGUACCCAAAUCUUCAGAGAGGAGUUUGGGCUUCACCUGGGGAAGGUGUUCAGAUUUGUACAUCUGACUGUUCAGGAGUUUCUGGCUGCUUUAUACACAUUUCUCUCCUUCAUCAGCAGAAAUGUAACAGAACACCAAACCACUGAUCUGUCUGAUCUUCUCACCAAGUCAAACAUGUCUGAUCUCCUCAGGAGUGCAGUGGACAAGGCCUUACAGAGUGAGAAUGGACACCUGGACCUGUUCCUCCGCUUCCUUCUGGGUCUCUCACUGGAGUCCAAUCAGACUCUCUUACGAGGCUUAAUGCCACAGACAGGAAGCAGCUCUCACAGCAAACAGGAAACAGUCAAGUACAUCAAGAAGAAGAUCAGGAAGUAUCCAUCUCCAGAGAAAUCCAUCAAUCUGUUCCACUGUCUGAAUGAACUGAAUGAUGAUUCUCUAGUGCAGGAAGUACAAACUUACCUGAACAGAGAAGGUUACAGUCGUCUCAGUGGAACCAGACUCUCUCCUGCUCAGUGGUCAGCUCUGGUGUUUGUGUUACUGAACUCAGGACAGGAUCUGGAUGAGUUUGAUUUGAGGAAAUAUGACCCAUCAGAGGAAUGUCUUCUGAAGCUGAUGCCAGUGGUCAAAGCCUCCAGAAAAGCUGAUCUGCAUGACUGUAAUCUGACGGAGGAAAGCUGUAGAGUUCUGUCCUCAGUUCUCAGCUCAAACUCCUCCAGACUGAGAAAACUGAACCUGAGUUACAAUAACCUGCAGGAUUCAGGAUUGAAGCUGCUCUCUGCUGGACUGGAGAAUCCACACUGUACACUGGAGAUACUGAGUCUGUGUGGGUGUAAUCUGACAGGGGAAAGCUGUAGAGAUCUGUCCUCAGUUCUCAGAUCAAACUCCUCCAGACUGAGAAAACUGAACCUGAGUCACAAUAACCUGCAGGAUUCAGGAGUGAAGCUGCUCUCUGCUGGACUGGAGAAUCCACACUGUACACUGGAGAAACUGCAGAUGUAUUACUGCUCUAUUGAAGAUGAAGGUUGUGUUGCUGUGGGUUCAGCUCUGAAGUCAAACUCCUCAUCACAGCUGAGAGAACUGAAUCUGAACGGUAAUAAAACAGGAAAAAAAGGAAUGAAGCUGCUCUCUGAAAUACUGGACAAUCCAGAAUGUAAACUGGACACACUACACAUUACCAUGAGAAAAAUCCAGAAUGGGUCUCAUACAGAGGAUGCUGAGGACUGAAUGAAGAUGUUCAGUGUGUCGUCAAUCCACCCGUCUUUCCCGUCUAUUACAGUUUGUUGUAUCUGUUAUGUCUGUUCGUCUGGCAUCUGUGCUGUUUUUACUGUGUAUCGUGUCACACUGAUAUCAUGCAGAUUCAGUGUUGACCUACAAUCAUCAAGCUUUGCUUAACAUCAGAAGCUGUACAGGAGCUCAUCUGGGAUUUUGUCCUGCUCUGUAUUCUCGUUUUUCAAUCCUCGUCCAGCCAGCCCGCGGUGGAGUGUACUCGCCUGAGACCUUGCUGCUUUCCUCCUCUAAGGAAGCGCCGCAGGAAGAGAGGGAAUCGUGCUGGUGUUCGGGUGAGAAUCAGACGGACAAUCGCUUCCUCCAUACAAUCGAUUCAGUUUCCCUUGGUUACUAUAAAUUUGGAGGCGGUCAUGGGAUUACAGAUAUGUUUUUCAUCUGCCUAUUUCCCCGGACUUCCUACACUCAUCUAAUUGUUCUGCUCCUCCACGAUUACGGAUUCGUCAAAGAAGAGUGAACUGUUUAAAUCUCCGGCAACUGGAAUUCCUUUCACCGGACCUUACCUCGUUACCUCAGUCUCCUCUGAAUAUGGCCCUAGUUAACGCUCGGUCUGUGUGCAACAAAACUUUCAUCUUAAAUGACUUUUCUGCCAGACAUAGCUUUUUAUAUUUUAUUCCUGACGGAGACCUGGGUCAGUCCUGGUGAGUCAACCGUCUUCGAGGAACUCUGUCCACCGAACUGUUGUUUUAUUAGUACUCCAAGGCCCUUUAUUGGUACUCCAAGGUCUUGUGGUAAGGGCGGUGGGGUUGCUAUGGUUUUUAAACAGUCACUGAACAUUCGGAGAGUUUCUGUUGGGAUUUACUCGUCGUUUGAGGUGCAGUGUGUUGUGUUAGAGUCGACCUCUUCCACGCUAUUCUGUGCUUUGAUCUAUAGGCCACCUAACCCGGACAAUGCCUUUUUAAGUGAUUUUUGUGAUUUUUUAACUUCUAUUGUUCCGUUGUAUGAUCGUUUGUUAUUAUUGGGUGAUUUUAAUGUGCAUGUCUGCUGCCCUGGUCGACCCGUGGUUACUGAAUUUUGUAAUAUCUGGGAUUCCUUUGGUCUUAUUCAACACAUGAAUCAGGCAACUCAUGUCCUUGGUCAUACACUAGACCUUAUAUUGUCAUAUGGAACCGCUGUUGAUGAUGAUAAUAUUGAAGAUGCUUCCUUCUCUGAUCACAAGCCCAUUGUUUUUAAUGCCCCUGCUGCCAGCUCUAUUCCCUCAGGAUAUUACUCCUGUGUUAUUAAUUCACUCACUGCCUCUCAGUUUAGUGAAAGUUAUCAAGCUAAUGCUGUUGAAAGCUCUAUCUUGGGUGCUGCAGAGUCUUCUUCUGGCCCUGAUGAUUUGAUUGCCUUAUUUUACACAUUUUGUUCUAAUAUUUUAGAUUCCAUUGCCCCUUUUAAGCUAAAACAACCAAAUCGUUUAUCUUAUUACUGGCCGAUCGGAGAUGGAACAUGAUCAUUUAACCGUGUCCUUUCAGAUUUUUAAAGAUUGUCUGUUUAAAUUUCAGAAUGCAGCCAAGUCAGCUAGGUCUAGGUAUUUCUCUGAUUUAAUCACUACACACUGUCAUAGACCUAAGAUUUUAUUCACCACGAUAAAUUUAAUUAUUAAUCCGAGUUGCCAAUUCCAUGGGGAACCCUCGGCUGAACUUUGUGAGAAGUUUUUAAAGUUUUUUGCUGAUAAAGUAAUGACCAUUCGUUCUUCCUUCACUUCGCAGAUCUCAGACCUGUCCCCGAAUUCACUGGCUUUACCGGUUUCAUUUGAUCAAUUUCAACACGUUUCUCUAAAGGAACUGUGUGAUCUGGUUAACCAGAUGAAAAUAACAGCCACUACACUUGAUGUUGUUCCUUCUGUGAUUAUGAAAGCAGCUUUUUCUGAAAUUGUGCCCAGUAUCCAGGUGUUGAUAAAUUCUUCUCUGGAUGCAGGGGGGGUCCCAAAUUGUUUUAAGCAUGCUAUUGUUCAAUCUUUGCUUAAGAAACAGGGUUUGGAUGAAGGUUGCUUUAAUAAUUAUCGGCCUGUCUCUAAGCUACCGUUUCUGUCAAAGCUGUUAGAGAAAGUAGUACAGUCAAUUGCUCCUGUUUUUAAAUUCAGCUAAUAUAUUGGAACCUUUACAUUCUGGUUUCAUUGCUUUUCAUAGCACGGAGUCUGCUUUGUUAAAAGUGUCCAAUGACAUUUUACUGGCAGUUGAUGCUACUAGAUCUUACAGCUGCCUUUGACACUGUAGACCAUAACAUACUUCUCUGGCGUUUAGAGCAUCUGUUUGGUAUCAAGGGUACCGCCCUACAAUGGAUCAGCUCAUAUCUUAAGGACAGGUCCUUUUCGCUAGCGUUGGGUAAUUUCUCCUCUUCUUCUAGUCCUAUUAUUAGUGGUGUUCCUCAAGGCUCCAUUCUGGGCCCACUUCUUUUUAACUUAUAUAUGCGGCCGUUGGGUAAUAUUAUUAGGGCUCACAAUGUCUCUUUUCAUUUAUAUGCUGAUGAUACCCAGUUGUACAUUCCAUUGAAAGCUGGUGACUCCAUUCAGCCAUUGUUGGACUGUCUGGACGACAUUAAAAAAUUGUUAACAAAUAAUUUCCUCCGAGUUAAUGAAGACAAAACCAAAAUAAUUGUUUUUGGCCACCUGAGAUUGAGAGAUGGUCUCAUUAAUGAGCUUCAUAAUCACUUUCCCUCAAUUUCUUCCCAGGUUCGGAACCUUGGCUUCAUUCUGGACUCAGAAUUAUGCUUAACCAAGCAAAUAAAUUCGGUCGUUAAGAAUAAUUUUUAUCAACUACGGAUUAUUUCUAAACUUAAAACAUUUUUGUCUUUCCAGGAUUUGGAGAAGGUUAUUCAUGCUUUUAUCACUUCGCACUUAGAAUAUUGUAAUUCAUUGUACUGGGGUCUUCCUCGGUCAUCUCUGGCUCGUCUUCAGAUGGUUCAGAAUGCAACUGCAAGGCUGUUGACCAGGGCAAAGAAAUUUGAUUGUGUCACCACAAUUUUAGCAUCGCUCCGGUCCAUUUUAGGAUUCAGUUUAAGAUUCUGAUGUUUGUUUUUAAAACUCUUAAUGAUCAAGCUCCUUCCUAUCUCAAGGAUCUUCUUACACCACAUUAAUUGAACAGACUUCUAAGAUCUUCUGAUAGGUUUCUUUUGCAUGUCCUUCGAUCCUUCGUUAAAAAUAAAGGGGGAUAGAGCUUUUUCAGUUGCUGCCCCUCGUCUAUGGAAUCAAUUGCCACUGGACAUCCGCCUUGCACCUUCUAUUACCACUUUUAAAAAGAGGCUUAAAACAUAUCUCUUCUCCCAGGCUUUUUAAUCUAAUUUUUACUUGUCUAUUGUCUGUCUAUUUAGUUUUAUUCUGUUUUCUAUUUUACUUUCCUUACUCUGUUCAGCACUUUGGUCAGCUUCGCUGUGUGAAAUGUGCUACAUAAAUAAAAUUUACUUACUUACUUA